CAUGUUCAUUCGCGCGGAGAGGAAAUUGUGCGCGCGAAGUGAGAAAGUGUUCGCGACCGAGAGUGUGCUUUGCUCAAUCUGGACGAGCGCGCAGCUCACCGCGCGCUCGUCCGCGCUUCUUUUCACGCGGUUGUGGUUGCAUGGCAGGGGCCCUCUGCUGGGAAGCCCACGCCUCUUUGUUGUUUUUUGUUUCUUUUCUGUUAUUUCUCUGGCCCGGGUGCGGAGGGAUUCAUGUUUCAUGAUGUUUUUCACCGUUCCUUCUUUCGCGCUAAGCUCCUUAGGUGCUUGGCGUUUUUUUUUGCUUGCUCGCUCGCUUGUUACCUCCGCCACUGCCACUGCUUUAACAUAUCAUUCUACAUUUCAACACCUUCGGUUGUUGAUUUGAUAAAACAGUCUAUAACAAACAAGCAAGAGAACGGAACGUGUGCGUUACCAGGGAGCUGUGUACCGCGAGUAGUCUCGUGUUGAACUCGCGCCGUCCCGUGUUGUGUUCGUCUUCUCCGUGUGCGGCAUGAAUCGAUCGUCGUGAUUUCAACAGCUUUCGAUAUGAAUACUUUAUUUUCUGAAAUGGGAAUUGAUCGGUGAAUUUGUGAAAACUGAAAAACACGAAAAUGCUUCAUCGCUAUCGAAGACUUUAGAACAUCAUGUAUCCACGAACAGUGUGAACCUUCGGAGAUUCCGUCGGUAAAUGUAUAGUUCCUAACAGUUCCAAGAACCAAUCCACAAUCCAAGUGAAUUCGCGAUUUGAAAAGUCCUAGCAAUAUGCCACGACCAUCUCGUGAAUCCUACGGUGACCAGAAGCCACCCUACUCGUACAUCUCACUGACGGCGAUGGCCAUCUGGAGUUCACCGGAGAAGAUGCUACCGCUGAGUGACAUCUAUAAAUUCAUCACAGACAGGUUCCCCUACUACCGGAAAAACACCCAACGCUGGCAGAACUCACUCCGCCACAAUCUAAGCUUUAACGACUGCUUCAUCAAGGUGCCAAGAAGGCCAGAUCGACCUGGCAAGGGAGCGUACUGGGCUCUCCAUCCGCAAGCAUUCGACAUGUUCGAGAACGGUAGCCUUCUCCGACGGCGAAAACGCUUCAAACUGCACAAAACCGACAAGGAUAUCCUGAACGAGGAACUCGCUGCUCUUGCCAACAUCAACCGGAUAUUCCUGGCGCAAAACUCCGGUGCCGACACGUACUGUCCCACUAUGGUCGAUCCCAUCCACCAACCCAUGCUCCACUCUCUCAUAGAACCGCAUUCCCCAGUCUCUAUACCGGCUCCUAUCUCACCUAUAUCAAUUACCGAAACCACUACUCCUCUUCGACCUAAAAGAGCUUUCACCAUCGAAAGUCUCAUGACGCCGGACGGCCGAUCGACCCCCCUAAGCCCAAAGAAAUCCUCCAAACCCCACCACGACAAACUCAAUCUCCUGGACGACAAUCCACGGAUACCGAGACUCCUUCAAGUUCCUACCCUGCCACCUGCCACCUCUCUCCCCGGAGCUAACAUUCCUCCCUUCUUCCCGUACCACCAUCCCGCCUUGGGCGCCUAUGACUUUCCGAUCCACCCGCUACUGAUGAUGGCACCCCUAGGGGCUAUCCCACCUCACUACUUCCACCAUGCGUCCUAUCAUAAUCUAACCCUACCGCCACAAGGAGCCGGCGGCGGCGGAGGAGGAGGAGGAGGCCGUGGCGGAGUUGGCGGUGGCCCUACGCGAGCAGGUGCAAUAGACACCGGAACCGGUUCCAGCGUUGUUGCUGUUGAUGCCGGUCCCACCGACCUGAGCCGGCUAGCCGGACACGCACUGCGAACGGUGUGAAAGACAUGUGACAAAUCACCGCACUCGAAGAGAAAAGACUCGCCAGUUCGCGCGAUGGAAGGCUGUUUGUUAUUUACCCUACCUACCUAGGACUUGUAGUUUGUCGGAGUUUUUCGAUGAUCUGUAAAUUGAGUGUGUGGUGUUCGAAGUUUCGGAGAAAUCCCAAACACGCAACAAGUUCCUUCGAUUUUUGCGACAGGAAUCGACUGUACAUCUGUAAUCUAGAGUUAUUAGGAGUUACGGAGACUACUACCUAAAAGAAUACGUAAUCGUUCGAAGUGAGUGGACGUUUGUACAGGCAACCCAAAAUGGAUGUUUAUUUAUCUUCUAAUAGAAUGUAUAGGAACUCUUGAAGAGGGCGCAACAGUAUGCACUCACUUUGAUCAGUUCUAGUGCCGGCAAUCGACAGCAUGUAAGUGUUUAUUGUUUAAGUAUUACCUACGUAAUAAAUGGAGAUCCAAGGGUGAUCGAACUAAAUGUGGUAUUCGUGUAAGAUUGUAUACAAACGAACAAGUAUUUAAUGCCAAUAGAACAAUUCAACUUUUACGAAAUAUGCUAUAUGGAAAUAUAAAGUGUUUUGAUAAAUUGAAAA